AUGGCAAGAUAUCCGAGUAACACUUAUUGCCUGGGCGGGAUUGGGAUCCUGUUGGUCCUGGCCCUGGGCGACCAGUUGGCUAGCGGCCAGUACCUUCCAUCGCCUCGAUUCCCUGGUCCCGUGGCGAUUCCACGACCGCAGAGAUCCCUCUUUGGUCCUGGUCCGCCUAUCGGUUGGAGCAGCGGCGGCGGUCAUGGGUGGAGUAGCAGCCCGAGCUUUGAAUUCAGUCAUUUGCCGCCAUCUUCCAGUCCGCACGUAACCAAGGAUGAGCUGCUAGCCCUGCUGGCUGCCUGGAAGGAUGUGGCGAGGCCGACUACACCGGCGCCAGCACCGGAGCCGGAGGACGAGCCAGAGCCCGUGACGACUGCGGCACCGCCACCGCCGGAAGAUGAACCGGAGCCAGAGCCCGAGCCCGAAGCUCCGGCACCCGAGGCCCCGGCGGGCCCACCGCCCGGCGUUCCGGUGACCGUUUCGCUGCCCGCUCUGGUGCCCAUUCAACUAGCCGCCAUGUGGCAGCAGCCAGGACCCGGAGCAGCGCCCGGUGGAUUGGGCAACUUGGGCUUGGCUGGCCUGGGCCUGGGCGGUGGGGUUGCACUGAAUAAUCUAGGAGGCGCAGCUACUGGAGCCGCCGCCGCUGCUGGUGGAGGUGGAGGGGCUGCAACCGGAGCCGCAGCUACAGCCGGCCGUACCCAGGCGCGGGCAAGAAUCGGAGGAAGGGCGCAAAGCAUCCGUUUCCCGGUGGCCAAUCCCCGCAGCUUUGCUUCGGGCAACUAUGUGGCGCCCAGGCCGCGUUACUACCGCGACACGGAGCCCAUGCGCUUCAACGUGAUGGCAUCGGCGCCAUAUCAGCAGGGUCCCGUGCAACUGGCGAGUGCCUACUGGCAAUAG